AUGGCCGGCACAUUACCAACCCAGCCGCACCACCGGCAACCACCACCCCGGGCCACCGCAUCCAACGUAUACACCUCUGCCGCCGUCAACCGCCUCAACCACGUCGCAGACUGGGCAGACGCUCCCCACAGCACCAUCGCAUUCGCAGCCCACAGGUCCAUCGCAGUCUGGUCCCGCCCCGCCCACACCCAAUCCACCCAGAUCCACCAGCUCAUCGUCACCCCCUUCACAAAGCCAAUCUCGUCCCUCAAGUUCAGCGCACCGCCACCACCUCACGACCAUGCAAACCAUGCAUCACAACAACCCACGCCAAGCAUCGUAGCCGGCGCAGGUGAUGGCGCAUUCGCCGUGUGGAAGCAUCGCCCCUCCAUAGACGCACCAUCCCUCGCUCCCGGUUGGACCCGCACCGCAACCGUCAGCGACGCUCACUCCGGCUCCAUCUCGGCCAUCGGCGUGCUCAGACCCACUGCAGACCUCUCCUCCUUCGCCUAUCCCUCCGAGGUCAUCGUCACGGGCGCAUCCGAUGGUCUGCUCAAGGUCUGGACCCUUCGCACCUCUGGCGACGGCAACGACGACGCCAACGACCAGCUCGAUCUGGCCCAGACCAUCGACCUCAACGGCCGCUUCCCGCUCGACGUCGCACUGCUGCCCCUUCCCGCAUCCACCGCGACCUCCUCGUCCUCUCCACAGCCCCCUGGUAAGCUCCUCAUGGCCGUCGCCACCACCACGCGCAAAAUCGACCUCUACGCCGCAGACCUCGCCUCAACCACCGCCGCCCGACCCACCUUCGUCCACAAGCUCGCGCUCGAGGGCCACGAGGACUGGGUCAAGUCGAUCGACUUUUGCCACACCGCCGUCUCGGACAUCAUCAUGCUAGCCAGCGGCUCGCAGGACAGCAGCGUCAGGCUGUGGAAGAUUGCCAGGGCCGCCACCGACGACGACCAGCUCGACGGCGGCGACGGCCAACGCCAAACAGCCUCGGAUCAGCCGCUCAGAGCCGACGACUUCGAGGCCAUGGUGUCCAAGAUCGAGGGCGACAUGACAAAGGCAGACGGCGAGAUCUCAACAAAGGCCCAGUACUUUGACGCUGCCGGCGGCGGCGGCGAUGGCCACGCUGCCGACCGCUGGGCCGUCACCUUCGACGCCCUCCUCAUCGGCCACGACAACUGGGUCACCGGGGUCAGGUGGCAUCCGGCGGUGCCGUCGCACAAGAGCGACAGCGCAGAUGGCGUCGCAGGGCCCGCCUUGGUCCAGCCGGCAGCGCUCCUCACCUCGUCGGCCGACAACAGCCUCAUCCUCUGGACGCCCACGGGCACCGUGCCAGCUGCACCGCCAUCGCCUGCCGCACCGACCUCGCCGUUCCCUCUGUUUGACCACUCGCUCGUCUCGACGGGAGGGGCCAAGCGGGCCCGCGGGCCCUCGGCGCAUCACAUCGCCAGUUCCAUCUGGCUGCCAAGCCAGCGCUUUGGCGAGGUCGGCGGUGCCAGCAACCUCGGCUUCUUUGGCGCGCUCUGGAAACCGUCUGGCAGCAGCGCCGACAGAGCCGACGGCGCCGACAGCGAAGGCUUUGAGGCCGUCAUGGCGCAUGGCUGGGGCGGAGGCACCCACAUCUGGCGACUCGAUGCCCCGUCGUCGAGUUCCUCAUCGGCGACCGGGACGCUGCCCUCGCUGCUUCCUCAGUGGCGGAUCGCCAACCCGGUAACGGGUCACUUUGGUCCAGCCAAGAGCGUGGCGUGGGAGCCUUGCGGUGAGUACCUGCUAAGCUGCUCGGUCGACCAGACGACGCGCCUGCACGCCAAGCCCAACAACGAAGGUGCCGCGUCGACCUGGCACGAGGUGGCGCGCCCUCAAUCGCACGGUUACGACCUGCACGCCGUCUCCUGGCUCGACCGGCUCGCGUUCGCCUCGGCCGCCGACGAAAAGGUGGUCCGCGUGUUUGCGGCGCCGCGCGGCUUCGUCGGCAGCGUCGGCAGGCGCGGCCUGGCAUGCGCCUCGAUCGGGACCGAGGAUGAGUCCAGGCUCGGCCUGCGCGCUGCCCGCGGGCGGGAUCGGCGCUGCCUGCUGGCGCUUUGCGACGAUGCGGGCGACUUGGCCGCCUGCACCGCGCGCCACGGCGACCUGAUGCGGCAGCUGGCGGAGCGAGUCUGCAGCGGCCAGGACGGCGACGAGGGGAGCCUGACGGCCGUCGUUGCCUCGGACCGCUUCGAGGACCUGGCCGACAAUGCCAACGCGCGGCGCUACUCGUUCCGGCGUCUCGAGUCGUACCUCAAGUGGAUGUACGCGCAGGCCUGGGCGGUGGCCGUCGAGCGCGGCAAGCUGUUUGUCGACAUCAAUGUGCUGCUCGUGCCGUCGAGCCGGCUGGGCACGAUGCUGCCCCGGCUGGCGGCGGCUUCGGACAGCGUCUCGGUCGACGCCGCGUCGAUCGGCUCGCUGCGCCCGGCACUGGACAAUGCGCGGGUCAGAUUUGCGACCAUCGCCGCUGCCAAGGACGGCGGCUCCAACGAGGCUGCCACUGCCGCCGCGGAUGCCUCGACCACGACUGACGAAGACGACGAUGCCGACAGCAAGGGCUUCCGCACGUAUCGAGUCGCCGCGCUCGGGGGCACGUUCGACCACCUCCACGCCGGACACAAGAUCUUGCUGAGCAUGGCGGCGCUGGUGGCGUCGGAGCGGCUGAUUGUCGGCGUGACGAGCGAUGCCAUGAUCGCCAAGAAGAGCAACGCCGACCUGCUCGAGACGCUGCCGCAGCGGCGCGCGCGGGUCGACGCCUUCCUGCGCCUAUUCCGCCUGGCGUUCGGGCCGCUGAGGCAGGAGGUGGUGGAGCUGUCGGACGUGGCGGGCCCCGCCGGCACCGACGCCGACGUCGAGGCGCUGGUGCUGACCGACGAGACGCGGUCCGGCGCCGAGUUCAUCGACAAGAUGCGGCGCGAAAAGGGGCUGCGGCCGCUCGACGACUGGGUGAUUGGCGUGCUCGGCAGCCAGGGCGAGACGGACCUGCGCGGCGACGCAAAGGCGCUGGCCGAGAGCAAGGUCGGCUCGACGGCCAUCCGCAAGUGGAUCCGCGCGCAGGGUGCGCGGCGGGCGCACGCGCUGGCGACGCUGCUCCGCUCGAGGCAGCACCAGCUCGACCGUCUUGUCGCGUCGUUUGCGCCGGACGACGCUGCGCGACCUGGCAAGGACGGUUCGGAUGCGUCGACAGCGGGCGGCCACGACGACAUUGGCAACGACGGCGAGGCCGACCUCUCGGCGCGGCCGGUGGGCGCGAGCGUGCCGCCGCUGGGCCUGUCGAACCGCGCCAUCUUUUCGACGGAUGCCGAGGGAGCGGCCUCGAUUGUCGAGGAGCCGUCUGCGAGCGGCCAGCCGAUCGGGUCGGCGCGCGAGUCGCUGUCGAGCGUGCUGACGCGGCCGCCGACCGAGGAGCAGCUGAGCGUCGAGACGCUGUGGCCGGAGCUGGACAAGGUGUACGGGCACGGCUACGAGCUGCUCUGGCUCUCUGCCAGUCCGGCGUUGUCGUCGUCGUCGCAGGGCGGUGGGCGGUACGUUGCGAGCAGCUGCCGGGCGACCAAGGCCGAGCACGCCGUGGUGCGGGUGCACGACCGGCUGCAAAACUGGAAAGAGGUGGGCGUGCUCGCGGGCCACGAGUCGAGCGUGUCGCGCAUCCGCUGGAGCGGGAAUGCGCGCUUCGUCGUGAGCGUGUCCAAGGAUCGGAGCUGGAGGGUGUUUGAGCGUGUACUGCGCCAGGGCCAGACCUCCUUCAUCCCACUGACGGGCGAACGCGCACACGCCCGCAUCGUAUGGGACGUGUGCUUUUCCGCCGACGCGGCGGACCCCCACGUCUUCGCGACGGCAUCGAGGGACAAGACUGUCAAGAUCUGGCGUCUCCUUCCCAGCCCUGUCUCUCCCUCGAGCAACACCGCCGACAACGACACCGACAACGACACGGCCGGCAGCGAGGGCGAGGGGCAGGGGAAGCCCUACGAGCUCCUCUCGACCAUCAAGCUCCCCGUCGCCGUCACAUCGGUGUGUUUCGGCGUCGGAUCCGUCCUGGCCAUCGGAGGCGAGGACGGGUCGAUUCGUAUCCUGUCCCCCUCCCUCUCCCCCUCCUCCUCCUCCUUCUCCGACGGCGACAAGGAAGGAUGGACUGAAGUAUGGAGCGGAAAGGUGGCACAGGAGUCCAUCAACGAACUCGCCUUCCGUCCUCCCCGCCUCGAGGACCAGAGCGACGACGAGGUCACGCUGGCGCUCGCGAGCGAGGAUGGCUUUGUGCGCAUCCUCGCCAUCUGCGGCGUCUAG